GUUACUUCCGGUAGGGAUAGAACGAUAACAUACUACCCCCGACUUUGAGCUGUUUGGUCGCAAUAUCUUGUUUCAUUCCUCUUGGUUACUUACAGUUUCUGUUUCAUUGUGAACCCAGAUAUCCAUGGCGUGAUUGGUUUUGUCAAUGUGGGAGUGUCUGACCAUAAACAAUGUCCUACAGCCGCCUGCAGUCAGAUCAGGAUAGGCGAUCCUGUUGGGUAUGUUUUGCUACUGAGGAGGAUGAUCGCAGUGCCCAGUGGGUACGGCCUUGCAGAUGCCGCGGCACAGCAAAAUGGGUUCAUCAAACCUGUUUACAAAGAUGGGUAGAUGAGAAACAAAAAGGGAACAGCACUGUUAAAGUAGCCUGCCCACAAUGCAAUACAGAAUACCUCAUCUUGUUUCCCAAAUUAGGGCCAGUUGUGUACGUCAUGGACAUCAUCGACAGAGUCAUAUACAAGAUGUGUCCUUUUGUGGCUGGUGGUAUAUUUAUUGGAACAGUUUAUUGGACAAUGGUUACCUAUGGUGCUGUCACUGUUAUGCAGGUGUUGGGACAUAAGGAAGGCCUGAAUGUGAUGGAACAGGCUGAUCCUUUGUUUCUCUUGAUUGGACUUCCUACUAUUCCACUCAUGCUGGUCUUGGGCAAGAUGGUGAGAUGGGAAGACUAUGUCCUUCGUCUGUGGCGGAAACACUCCUCCAAGCUCCCCCUGCUGAACUACUUGUUUCCGGAUG